AUGAUGUUGCCUAAGCGGUUAAUUUUUGGCUUGAUCAGCCUUCAUCUGAUGAUAGGUUGCACCGGUUUUAACGAGAUGUGUAAGGCCUCCGUUGGUCGCAGAUGGGCAUGCCCUCCCCCUUGGAUCGAGUGGGGUGGCAAAUGCUACACAUCUAUCAUGGAGCAUCUUUCAUGGUCCGAGGCAAAAGAUGAGUGCACCAAGAUCGGAAGCGUCUUGGUCGCGCCACGAUCUCAGGAGGAGACUGAUUUCCUCAUGCAACUAUUGCCACCCGAGUUUUGGAUCAAUUGCAAUGACAUCGUGGAAGAAGGUACGUGGAAGUGCCAGGAUGGUACUGAUGAGGUGGGGUUCAGGAAUUGGGACCCGGUUAAUAGCGAGCCUAAUAACGCCAGAGGUAAUGAAAACUGUGCUGUGACAACCUCAGCUGUUGGGGAAUGGAAUGACAUGCCGUGUGAUUGGCAACGUGCUGCAAUAUGCAAAGCUGCAACCAGCCUGCGCCAAGACUGCACUUUCUAA